AUGAGCACCGACGCCGUCUUCAGGCCGGAGCUGGACUCGGAGCACCACGGCGAGCUGGCGGACCUGGUGGCUGCCAUGAACGUGGCCGCCAACCGCCUGACGCCUCCCAACGGCUGCAGGCCGGGGCCUCCGAGGACCGGCAGCAGCCAGAGAGCUCGACUGUCGGACAGGAAGCUGUCGCUGCAGGAGAGAGGAAGCCGCAUCGCCAGGCAGCCCACCAUCGAGACCAAGCGUGUUUCCAUCACAGACGCUGCUGACUGUGUCCAGCUCAACCAGUACAAACUGAAAACAGAGAUCGGGAAGGGUUCAUACGGAGUGGUGAAAUUAGCCUAUAAUGAAGACUCUGAACAGUUCUAUGCAAUGAAAGUAGUUUCAAAGAAGAGGCUGAUGAGGCAGUGUGGAUUUUUGCGCCGCCUGCCUUCUCCGGGACCGAACUCGCAGCAGGAUCCGUUCCCAAAAGCCGUGUUGCCUCUGGAGAAAGUGUACAAGGAGAUCGCCAUCCUGAAGAAGCUGGAUCACCACAACGUUGUUAAACUGGUGGAGGUGCUGGACGAUCCAGAUGAAGAUGGACUUCACAUGGCCUUCGAACUGAUGACAAAAGGGCCGGUGAUGGAGGUGCCGACAGAAAGCCCUCUAUCAGAGGAGCAGGCUCUCUUUUACUUCAGAGACGUCGUCCUGGGAAUAGAGUACCUGCACUACCACAAGAUCAUCCACAGAGACAUCAAACCGUCCAACCUGCUGCUGGGCGACGACGGUCACGUCAAGAUCGCAGACUUCGGCGUGAGCAACGAGUUCGAGGGGACGGACGCCCUCCUGUCCAGCACAGCGGGGACGCCGGCCUUCAUGGCCCCCGAGAUGAUGACCGAGCGAGAGCAGAGCUUCACCGGAAAAGCUUUAGACGUGUGGGCGAUGGGAGUCACACUCUACUGUUUUGUCUUUGGGAUGUGCCCUUUUUAUGAUGAGUACAUCGUUUCUCUGCACAACAAGAUCAAGAACAAACCUGUGGAGUUUCCAGAGACGCCAUUGAUAAGUGAAGAACUGAAGGAGCUGAUUGAAAGGAUGUUGGAUAAAAACCCUGAAACAAGAAUCACCAUCCCUGAAAUCAAGCUCCAUCCGUGGGUGACGGAGAACGGCUCCAGUCCUCUUCCUCUGGAGGAGGAGCACUGCACGGCGGUGGAGGUCACUGAGGAGGAGGUGAAGAACAGCAUCAAACGCAUCCCCAGCCUUUCCGCUGUGAUCCUGGUGAAGUCCAUGCUGAGGAAGCGCUCCUUCAGUAAUCCCUUUGAGUGUCAGGGCCGGCGGGCCGAGAGGUCCAUGUCUGCCCCUGGAGGUCUCCUUACCGGUUCUUGGGGCUUACUGGGGUCUUCGCCACUGCCUCAUCCUUCCUUGAGGAAAGUCAGCAACGAGGGGAGCAGAGAAGGAGAGUUGGAGGACUUGUAUGAAGAUGAACCUUUUACAGAGUGCACUGAUUAAACCGACCCUUUCAGACAGAUUAAAAAAAAAAAAAAGCAGAGAGAGUGUGUAGAAAAGUAUGUUUUUGUACCUUUCUUUAUGUCUUUUUCUCUCCUAAUUUUGCUUUUGCUUCAUGCUUUCUGUGCUCACAUGCUGCUCUCACUGUAGUGCAAAAGGUCUUUAAUGACUCUGUGAUUUACCAGAUAUUAAGAGUAUAGAUUUGUAGUGCUUUAAUUACACAAUGAUCACACGUUUGAUCAGAUUUCCUUCUGUCCACAGGUAACGUCAGCAUUUUUUGAUGGUAUACGGCAUUAAUGUAAAGCGAAUUAUUCACCUAAAAAUGUAAAUAUGCUCCAUAAAGAAGAUAUUUUUACAUUUUCCUACAGCUGUUGAAGAUAAUAAAAGUUCUG